ACACAUUCAGAUGUAAAGAGUAUGUGGCAUAUGGGGGAAGGAGGGUACAGUGAAACAACAAAGAGAAACAGCACCUAGAUGAGGACAUAUGAAAGACAGGAUUUUUACAACACUUAAUUACAGCUUGAUACUUUAAAGUGAAACACGCCCCUUUUGGCAAGGUCUGUGGGGUACAAAAGACGCUGUGAUCUCACCAUCAGGGGACAGCGGUAGCAUCUGGUAUUAAAGCUCCUCUUAAGGAAGGGCAAAUAAAUUUAAAUGGGGGUUCAGGCGCUGAUAUGGACCUUAUUUUCGGUCUGCUUGCUGCUGUUUACCGUGCACAAAAGCACUGUUGCAUUCAGCGUGAAGGAACAGCUGGCCGACUGCCUGAAUGAUACCGACUACGCUGAUCUGAUGAAUAUUCUGAACAAUGGUCUUCCCAAAAUCAACAAGGAGCAUCACGUUGCAAUAGUGGGAGCUGGUAUAGCCGGGCUCACUGCUGCAAAGUUACUGCAAGAUGCAGGACACAAGGUCACCAUACUGGAGGCCAGUGAUCGGAUUGGAGGCCGCGUUCAGACCUACAGGAAUGAGAAAGAAGGCUGGUACGCUGAUCUGGGAGCAAUGAGGAUCCCAAAUUAUCACCACAUCACCCGCUGGUUCAUCAAUGCAUUCGGUUUAAAGCUGAACAAAUUUCGCAUGUUGGACAUAAACACCUUCUACUACGUUCAUGGCCUGGUAAAGAAAACCUACGCUGUGAUGAAUAACCCAGAUAUCCUGAAGUACAAACUCCCAGAAAGAGAAAAGCACAAAUCGCCAACUGAAUUGCUGGAAAAGGCUCUGAAAAAGGUGAAGGAGGAGGUUCUGGCUCAUGGCUGCAGAGCUAUGCUGAAGAAAUACGACCAUUACUCAGUAAAGGAAUAUCUGAGAACUGAAGGUGGUCUGAGUGCAGAGGCUGUGAGGAUGAUUGGAGAUUUGCUCAAUGAGCAGAGCCUCAUGCAUCUGGCUUUGACUGAGAUGAUCUACAUUGAGAACGACGUCAGCGACAGCACAAUGUACGAUGAAAUAGUUGGAGGGACGGAUCGUCUCGCUGAUGCUUUCCUGUCUGUCCUGGAUGUUCCCAUCUUACUAAACUCCCGGGUGAAACGGAUCCAGCGCUCACAUAAAGGUGUAACGGUCUGGUAUGAGGGAGAAAACGAGCCCUCUUUGGAGAGACUGGAGGCGGAUGUUGUUCUGGUAACCACUACGGCCAAAGCAGCUCUGUUUAUAGAGUUUGAUCCUCCUCUUUCUGCCAGAAAAAUGGAGGCCAUGCGGGGGGUUCAUUAUGAAAGCUCCACAAAAAUCAUCCUCACCUUCAAACAGAAGUUCUGGGAGAAACAUGGCAUCAAGGGGGGGAAAAGCAUCACAGAUGGACCCUCUCGUUACAUCUACUACCCAAGCCACAGUUUUCCAGGAAACAGCAGCAUUGGCGUCCUGCUGGCGUCCUACUCCUGGUCUGAUGACUCACGUCUCUUCGCAGGUGCUAGUGAUGAAGAGCUGAAAGAGCUGAUCCUCAGGGACCUGGUGCACAUCCACGGUGAAGAGGUCCGGUCUCUAUGCACCGGUGUGAUAGUGAAGAAGUGGGGUCUAGAUCCAUACAGUCUGGGAGCAUUUGCUCUGUUCUCUCCUUACCAACACAUCGAGUAUUCUGCAGAGCUCUUCAGGAAUGAAGGCAGAAUUCAUUUUGCAGGAGAACACACAGCUUUCCCUCACGCUUGGAUCGAAACGUCCAUAAAAUCUGCAAUCAGGGCAGCUAACAAUAUCAGCAUGGCUGCACACAAAGUUUCAGGCAAAGGUCAACACCGGGAUGAGCUGUAAGAUAUGGAGGACACUAUGCAGAUUUACUUGUCAGCUGUAGGAAAAUGUCAAAUCAAACCAACCUAGAUUUAUUUACAGCAAAAGUGCGGUCAUAUUCAGAACUUCUGGAAGUACUUUAAACAUGAAAUUAUUCCAUGAUGUUCAAUAAAUGAUAAGUGUUUUAAUUAAGAGUAGUUUAUUUGAAUGUGCUUUACUGGAGGCAUCCAUGUUUGUCAAUA